AUGGAAACAACAAACUACUCUAAUAAAAGCACCUACAAGGCGGUAGUCAUUUUUAUUGUCGUUAUUAUAUUAUUAUGUCAAUCUGUCGUCAGCAUUCCUGUACCCGAAAAUCAGUUGGAUGAGAAUAAAAUUGAAACUCCACCAAUAUUCUCCGUACAGGAUCCAAACAUCAAUGAAAUCACGCUAAAUGUUAACAACACAGACCAGAUUGAUGAAAUGUCCAACAAGACCAUGACCGAUUUUUCGACAAUCGAUGACAGAACGAUAUUUGAUGAAAUCGGUGAUGCUAUAGCCAAAUUUUUCAAAGACAUUGGUGAUGCUAUAACCAAGUUUUUCCAAGACAAUGGUGAUGCUAUAGCCAAAUUUUUCAAAGACGCUGGUGAUGCUAUAGCCAAAUUUUUCGUAGACAGUUAUGACGUUAUAAUCAAAUUUUUCCAAGAAAAUUAUGGCAUCAUUAUCGAAAUUGCUAUUGGAAUCGGAAUAUUGAUUUUAAUUUGUCUCUUUCCAACUAUUUUGGUCGGAAUAAUCCGAGCAAUAGGUUUUGGUGUUAAAGGAAUAAUUAAAGGAACCUGGGCUGCUAAAUGUAUGGCUGCGCAUUGUGGAUAUGUUGUUGCUGGAAGCCUUUGUUCUGUGUUGCAGAGUAUUGGUGCUAAGGGAAUAUCUGGGUUAGGAGGGUUGCUUAAAUUCCUGGGUUAA